CCGGUGCAUCGCACAAAUCAUGUCGACCUCAAUAGAAGUAUCCAAGUGGCGGCAUCUCCCACCCCCGCCCGGCUUCGCGUCCACAGUAUCGUCCUCCAAGAGCUCCGGGAAAGCCGUUGCUGCCGCGACAGCUUCAACAGCUUCUUACGAGGAACUCAAGUCGAAGCGAGCAUGGGACCUCGCGUUCUCGCCUGCUAAAUCCCUGCCGAUGCAGGCGUUCAUGCUAUACAUGUCCGGAGGAGGCGUUCAGAUCUUCAGCAUGGGUAUCGUGUUCAUGCUGCUCUCGAGCCCCUUUAAGAACCUUGCGGCGAUCAAUACCGCGUUCGCGCCUUUCGCCCCCGCCUCCGCACCACCGAAGUCCCUGACCACGCUUCCGCUGCAGAAGGUUGCAUACCUCCUAUGCAACCUUCUGACGCUUGCUCUGGGUCUUUGGAAAUGUCGGUCGAUGGGUCUGCUUCCGACUGGCACGGGAGAUUGGUUGGCGUUUGAGACAAGAGGACAGCCCCCGGAGAUUUUGCUCAUAUGAUACAUUUCCUUUGUGGGUCUCAUUAUUUUGUUGCCCGGACGGUAAUCUAUUCUCUGUGCGAUGCUAUCAAUCAACGCACGCUUCACUGCGUCUUCC